AUGAAGAAGUGCCUGCUGAUGAUCGGAGACGUGGGGAAUGUGGAAGCUCACUGGUCUCAACUGAUCCAGCCGGCCGUGUACUUUUACCAGCACGAGUACAACGUCAUCAUCAUUGAUACACCAUCCCUGGGAAGCAGUCAGCAUCGCUGGAUACAGUAUGGUCCUUCAAUCAUUCGCGGAACACUGCAGUAUUUGGAGGUUGCGCAGGUCAGCGUGUUUUCGAUGGGCCUGGGGUGCUGCUUGUUCCUGCAGAUUCUGGGAGAGACGCCGCAUGUCCUCAGCACGACACAUGUCAUGUACAACCAGGACAUGCCUGCGGACAUGGCAACCUUUCCCUUCGAUGUAUUCGAGGUGGAGGUGGCUUUGCGGGACAAUGAUGUGCAGAUCUGGGUGAUAUACAACGACGACGAGGACGAGGACACGGACCCCAGAGCCUACAGCAAACACAACAAGGGCGCUUCCAGACUGGGGGACAUGAUUGUCAAGAUGCAGGCUCGCCUGGAGUCGGAAAGGAGGAUCAGCGAUUCGGAGCGGAUCUAUGAUGAGAUCUUGACCACGGAAAAGCUCAACACCGGGGCCAUUCGUGUGGAGAAGGUCUGGGUCAGUCGGGUUCCCAUCCACGUGUUCCGGCACGACGUGCUCUUCACGAUGCAGCAUUAUUUGAGACAGUAUCCGUCUUCUGUACAGGACGAUGUUGUGGACGGCCUCGUGAAAGAUCUCCUCGACUACUUCAGGGAAGACAUCAAGGAGAUCCCAGAGCUGCCGGCCCUCAAGCCGGAGUUGCUCAACCGGUCUGACAAGGUUCGGAGGCUCGUUUCUUCCGGGAACCGCAAGCGUCUGGAAUUGGUUCAGGAGUCGAUGCUGGCACUGACAGCACCGCAGCAGGCAGCGCUGCCUGGCAAAGUCGAGGAGAAGGUUGAGACCCUGGCACUUUCGAGGCGUGGAACUGGGAGCAAGUUGGCUGCGAAGAUGCGAAGCAAGUCGAACUUGACCGUGGUUUCAGAAGAUGCGAUGGACAUCGACGGCGACCUCGACGAUGAGGAAGAGUCUCUCGUCGACUCUUCGAAGGACUACAGAGAGCAGUGGGCUGCUCUGCAGCCGAUCCGACGGCGGGCUGCUCGAAAAGGUUCCGAGCCCUUGGCCAUCGAAGCUCCGCCGGUGCAGAGGUAUUCGGUGGUGCGGGUAUCAAAGCGGGAGUGCUGGCAGUUCGGCGCUGGCAGUUGGUGUCUUUGUUUGGCAUUUGUGCUCGGAAGGGAGUGCAAGGGAUUCCUGAGCCUGAUAGCUGCAGGUAUCGGCUUCGAGGGCUCAUCGCCGGACAGCGGGCGACUCAGCGACACCGAGAGCUGGCAAGCUGAGAGGACUGGGAAGGCCCCAACCAUCGAGGAGCAAAAGACCAUGCUGAAGACGCUGAUGGGAGAAGGUCUAGCCGCGCCUCCAGAGGGCUUGAACUGGAAGGUCGAAGCGGACGCCCAGUCGGAUCCUUCCACCGACUUAGUGAGCGAGGCGUCUGACUUGGAGUGCAGCGACAGCCAGAGCGACGAUGAACCACAUGCGUUCUACACAGAGGACACAGUUCUGAUCUUCGAUUGGGACGACACGAUGCUUCCCUCCUCGUGGCUCUCAGAGCAGAGCUUGAGCCUGGACGAGGCAUCUCACAUCUCAUCGGAGCAGGAGGCACAGCUUGCUGUCUUGGCACAGACUGCUGCCAAGACCCUCCGCGUGGCCAAGCGCUACGGGAAGGUGGUUCUCGUCACCAACGCAGAAUGCGGCUGGAUUGAGCUGAGCUGUCAAAAGUUCAUGCCAUCACUCUAUCCGCAUUUGGAGGAUGUGACUCUGUUUUCAGCGCGAUCAACCUACGAGAACCAAGGUAUGGCUGCACCCUUCCAGUGGAAAUACCUUGCUUUCGAGACCGAAAUCUGCAACUACUACGAGUCCCUGACAUCGGAUCGCCUCAAAAAUGUCAUUUCCUUUGGCGACUCCUUUCAUGAGCGGGAGGCUGUCAUACGCGUUACCGAGCGUUUGAAGAAUUGUUGCACAAAGACCCUGAAGUUCACAGAUCGCCCAAUUCCGGAGCUGCUCCUGAAG